AUGCCGCCCCGCGCCCUGCGCCGCGCCGCCGCCGCCGCUCCGCUCCGUCUGCGGGCCCCGCCGCCGCGCUCCGCAGGCUUAAAGCCCGGACCCGCUCCGCGCUCCGGAGCCCCACCCCUCCCGCCGCCCAUUGGCUGCCCGCGGAGCCGCCUCCCGCCCCCCGGCCUCGGCCCCCGCCCCCUGUGCCCGCCUGCCGCCUGGCCCGGCCACCCAGAGCUCGCCAUUGGGCCUCGCUCCCGGGGUCCCGCGCGCCGGCCUGCUGGAGACUCGGAGCCCGACCGGCCCCAUAUUCCACGCGAGCUGAAUGCCUGUCCGCAUCCCACCCGGGCGGCGGGGACUGCGGGCUCCGGGAGGCGCUCGGGCUCCAAGAAGCGACUCAGCCCCUCACUUCCUCCCUCCUCAGUGCGGCUGCCUGCGGACUCAUCGCGGACCUCUGCGGCCCUGACAGAGCGCGCAGAGUCGGAUGGCCUGGGCUUCAUGCCCUGCGCGGGCAUCCCUUCCUGCUGCCGGACGCCGAAGCCAGGACCAGGCCUCCUGCAUCCCAGCCCAGAAGAUCUUCUACACGGGUGGAAGCUUCUGCAGGUGGUGGGUGGCGGCAACAAAACGGAAGGAGAGCCCCACCGUCUGCUCCUGGUGUUGCCUCCCAGGCCCCCACAAAGCCAGGGGAGGAGGGGCGCCCGCCUGCCAGGGCCUAGCCGGGGAGCCCCCAGCGCCGGGCUCUUCUCCCUGGGGGCUGAGCGCCUCUCCCUGCCCGAUCUGGGCCGAGCCUUCAUGUAUUAUUAA